AUGAAGCGACAUCAAGACGGACACAGAGACAGAAACAAGGACCGACGCGCCGUCGUCGUCGUCGCCUGCAACAGCUGCCUCGGUUCGUCGUCCCCUAAGUUGACGGACGGACGGACGGACGGACGGACGGACAGACGGACAGCCAGUGCCUGGCUGGUCCUGACUUCGGCUCCGUUAAUCGGGUCUCAGCUGUGGCUGUGCGUUGGACAAGGGCAAAGAAACACCAUCGAAAACAGGCCCUUCGUUAGCUGA